CCCUAGCUAAAAGCCCCUCAACCAAACCCUUUUUCUACUAUUCCUCACGUUUCCUUCACAAGAAAAAGCACCAUACUCUGAUCAUGAUGUUCUUCAUCAAUAGCAUACUUCGCGCAGUGAUUCCAUAUCUUUCCUACUUCUUGAUCCACUUUCGUUCCCAGUUCUGGAAAAUGUCUAGCAUCUGCAGCAUUUUCAGCCCAUCACAACGUCGACCCACUAAUCCAUUCUUCCCAGCAAAAUCAAUGCUUUUCAAAUCUCUAGCCAUCUCUGGACUAAUCCUAUACAUAAUCUACAUCAUCUUCUCAUCCUCUUCACCGCUGAUCACCUACUUGAACUUGAGGCGAACUAAUUCUCAUCAUCAUGCCAAGGCCGUCUCUUUCUCUCCCACGAACAUUAGCCACCUUGCCUUUGGAAUCACAAGCUGCUCCAACACAUGGCGGACCAGAAGAUACUACGUGGAGUCAUGGUGGCAACCUAACUCGACGAGAGGAUAUCUCUUUCUAGAUAGGGUUAGGAGAGAAUUCUUUCCGUGGCCGUCAUCGUCCCCGCCUUUCUGGAUCUCGGAGGACACCUCCAGAUACGAGCAGUUCAACAAGCACCGGACGAAGCAGGCCAUCAGGAUGGCGAGGAUGAUCGUGGAGCUUUUCAGGGCAGAGAACAAGGGGGUGAGAUGGUACAUCAUGACGGACGAUGAUACCAUCGUUUUUGUGGACAAUUUGGUGGAUGUUUUAGGGAAGUAUGACCAUAGGGAGUACUUGUAUGUUGGGGCAAAUUCCGAGUGCAUUUCGUCUAACUUCUUUCACUCUUUUGAAAUGGCGUUCGGUGGAGGUGGGUAUGCUUUAAGCUACCCACUUGCUGAGGCUCUGGUGAAGAACAUGGAUGUUUGCAUCAAGAGGUACCCAACUUUGUAUGGAAGUGACCAUAUUCUGCAGUCUUGUGCGGCUGAUCUGGGAGUGUCUCUCACUCAGGAAAAAGGGUUUCAUCAGAUUGAUCUCCACCGAGAUUUAUCAGGUUUCCUGUCAGCUCAUCCCCAAUCGCCGCUUCUCACCCUGCACCACCUUGACGCUGUCGACCCAAUAUUCCCUUCCAUGGACAGAAAACAGUCGCUCCACCAUCUCAUGAAAGCCGCCAAAGCCGACGCGUCGCGGCUGCUGCAGCAAACAGUCUGCCACCACCGGUCGGAGAACUGGACCAUCUCCAUCUCGUGGGGCUACUCGGCCCGGAUCUACGACGGUUUCCAUUCCCCCAGCCUUCUACAGAGGCCUCUUGAGACGUUCGGAGCGUGGAGCAAAGCCGCCAGGCCGCCGUUCAUGUUCAACACCAGGAUCCCAUCCAGGAAUCCGUGCGAUGCUCCCCAUGUUUUCUUCUUCGAAUACGUGGAGGAAGCCGAGGGAAAUCACGUCUUCACGAGUUAUAGUAGAAAACGAAUUCGCAGGUUGCCGGCUUGCAGUAGUAACCGGCAUGCCAGUCUCAUCGAUGAAGUUCGUGUGCUGUCGCCGACGAGCAAGAGCAUUGAGGCAGGAAUAAGGAGAGAAUGUUGUGACAUUGUACAGGAGUUGGGCAUGAAUGCUACAGAAGUGAAGAUCAGGGCAUGUGGAGAAGAUGAACUUCUGGCAUAA